ACCGACGGGCAGAGGGGUUGGUGGAGUGGCGGGCAGGCCCAGUAGGGCCGAGGAUUGGGGGACAAGGCCGCCUCCUCACCCUGAUCUUGGACCCUCCGGGCAAGAUGUGUGCUCCAGGGAACGCAGAGCUCUGAGAGACGUGAGCUGUAUAUGCCCAGUGCUGGCCCAGGUCCCACCGACGACCCCCGACCCCAGUGACCGGCCCCCGGCCGCAACCCAUCCCCGACCCAUGUUAUGACUGAAGGGCCCCAGAGUUUCCUCAUCUGGAGUUUCCUCAUCUGGGAAAUGGGACCAAUAAGACCCUAUCUCAGUGGGUUGUGAAGAUUUUGUAAAAUGAUGCUUUAAAACGGUGGGCAUGAGAAAUAACCAAACUGCUAACGUUUUAACUUAGUGUCAGUACUUCUGUGUUUAGAACAAAGCCUGAGUCUGGACAACAACCGUGUCAGACAUACACAGGUCUUCGGAUUCCUGUCUACUCCUGAGCAGAGUCUUGUCUGAGCUGGCACCACUGCACAGUCCACAACAUCUUCACAAGAAAGCCUGUGGACCUUCUGCCAGGCUCCACGGGAGGACGGCUGGGCAGUGGAUUCGGAGGCCAAUUUCAGAUCAGCUUCCCUGAGGGUGAGGACCAGUAGGCAGCCCCCAAAAUGGGUGAAAGGAAAGGUGUGAACAAAUACUACCCUCCGGAUUUCAACCCUGAAAAGCAUGGCUCCCUCAACCGGUACCACAAUAGCCACCCUCUUCGGGAGCGAGCUCGGAAGCUAUCACAAGGCAUCCUCGUCAUUCGAUUUGAGAUGCCAUAUAACAUCUGGUGCGAUGGCUGCAAGAACCACAUUGGCAUGGGUGUUCGUUACAAUGCGGAGAAGAAGAAGGUUGGCAAUUACUACACAACUCCAAUCUACAGGUUCCGGAUGAAAUGCCACCUCUGUGUCAACUACAUCGAGAUGCAGACAGACCCUGCCAACUGCGACUACGUGAUUGUAAGUGGUGCCCAGCGCAAAGAGGAGCGCUGGGACAUGGCAGACAACGAACAGGUGCUGACGACAGAGCAUGAGAAGAAGCAGAAGCUGGAGACAGACGCCAUGUUCCGGCUGGAGCACGGUGAGGCCGACCGGGGCACACUAAAGAAGGCACUUCCUACCCUAAGUCACAUCCAGGAGGCCCAGAGUGCCUGGAAGGAUGACUUCGCCCUCAAUAGCAUGCUGAGGAGAAGGUUCCGGGAAAAGAAAAAAGCCAUCCAGGAGGAGGAGGAGAGAGACCAUGCACUGCAGGCCAAGGCGAGCCUGACCAUCCCAUUGGUGCCUGAGACAGAGGAUGACCGCAGGCUGGCUGCCCUUCUCAAGUUUCACACCCCGGACUCCUAUGAGGACAAGCAAAAACUCAAGCGGACAGAGAUUAUCAGCCGCUCCUGGUUUCCCUCCGUCCCGGGCUCCAGCACCAGCAGCAAAGUUAGCAGCGUCCUGAAGAAGCUCACCCAGAGCCGCAAAACCAUGCCCACCAGCUCCCCCAUCACAGUGGGGGACCUGGGCAUUGUGCGGAGGAAGUCCCGGGAUGUCCCAGAGAACCUGCAGCAUGCAGCUGAGACCUCCAUGUCUGGAGAACCUCAGGUGCCAGAGGAGGUUACCCAGGACAAGACUAUAUCCCCUGGACGCUGUCCUCAGGAGCAAGCAAAGACCCCCCCGACAAGAGGGCAGGAGGGAAGCUGUCAGGACAAGCCCCUUUCCCCACCAGGGUCCUCCCAGGAGGCAGCUGACCCCACAGACACACCUCACCCCUGCAACCUCAGCUCCUCCCUUGUGGCUGACUACUCUGGCUCAGAGAGUGAGUGAGUGAGCAUUUAUGGACUAGACCCCCUCCAGAGGCCAUGAAACACCCAGGAGGCCCUGCACAGGCUGCAGACACCUGCUCACCCACCAGCCCCUGGAGAGCUCAAAUGCUAUCCCCUUCCCUAGACCUGCCUUCCCACAAUGAUGGAGUUGUUAUUUAUUUGGUCCUGGUGAGGGUGUUUGUGCCUUGUGAGCCCUGGACAUUAAAGCCCUGCUCUUUG